ACCAUGUCGCGCACAAAAGUGUUAAAUUUAAUAAACAAUGUUGUCGUAAAUUGUAAAUGUCCAGCACAUUCACGUAAUGGUUCAGCUGUGGCAGCUGCCACACAAACUGGUCUCAAAGAAUAUGCAUUUGAGAUGUCCGCAUCAACGGUGCGCUUUGGACCAGGCGUUAGUAUUGAGCUGGGUGCCGAUCUUCGCAACUGGGGCGCCAAAAAUGUUUGCCUUGUCACAGACAAGCGAGUGGUCAAACUGCCCUCAGUGCGUGUAGCAUUGGAUUCAUUAGUGCGCCAUGGAAUUAAUUAUCAGGUUUACGACGCAACGCGUGUGGAGCCAACAGACGAAAGUUUUUGGCAGGCAGCGCAGUUUGCACGUGGGCAUAACUUUGAUGCAUUUGUUGCCAUAGGUGGAGGCUCCUCCAUAGACACCGCUAAAGCUGCAAAUCUAUUCAGCAGCGAUAAGCAAGCAGAGCUGCUUGACUAUGUAAAUGCUCCUAUAGGUCGUGCUAAAGAAAUUGCUGUGAAACUAAAGCCCUUAAUAGCGCUACCAACCACCUCGGGCACUGGUUCGGAGACUACGGGCGUUGCUAUUUUCGAUUACAAGCCACUGCACUGUAAGACGGGCAUCUCCAGCAAAUAUCUCAAGCCCACAUUGGCCAUCAUAGAUCCGGUGCAUACACUGACACAGCCGGAGCGCGUUACGGCUUAUGCUGGCUUCGAUGUCUUUUGUCACGCCUUGGAGAGUUUCACUGCUGUUGACUAUAGGGAGCGCGGUGCAGCUCCCACUGAUCCCAGCUUGCGACCUACAUACCAGGGCCGCAAUCCUAUUUCAGAUGUUUGGGCGCGCUUUGCCUUGGAUGCCAUAAGCAAGAACUUUAUAGAUGCAAUAUAUCAGCCAGAUAACCUUAAAGCUCGCUCUAAAAUGCAUUUGGCUUCCACUAUGGCUGGCGUAGGAUUCGGCAAUGCCGGUGUGCAUCUCUGCCAUGGACUCUCCUAUCCCAUAUCGGGUAAUGUGCGCAACUACAAGCCAACUGGCUAUGAGGAUAAGCAUGCGCUUAUACCUCAUGGACUAUCUGUAGUGAUUAGCGCACCAGCUGUGUUCGAGUUUACUGCUCCAGCUUGCCCUGAACGUCAUCUGGAGGCGGCACAACUUUUAGGCGCUGAUAUUGCUGGCAUCAAAACUGCCGAUGCUGGACGAAUUUUGGCGGACACUGUGCGUGAUUAUAUGCAGCGAGCUGGCAUAGAAAAUGGCCUCCAUGAGCUUGGCUUCACUAGUACAGACAUACCAGCUUUAGUUGAGGGAACGUUGCCCCAGGAACGCAUUACAAAGAUGUCACCUCGUAUGCAAACACGCGAAGAUUUGUCGCAUAUUUUGGAGAGCUCCAUGCAUGUAUAUUAAUUUUAAAACUCCACUCACCUCUUUUAUGGUUUUUUCACUUGGGAAGUCUUGUAAAAACUAAACUAACGGAUCUUGUUUUCAUUAAGUUGGCUGCAAUUACGAAAGCUUUGCCGAAAGCUACAAAAAUAGCUUGGGCACUCUUAUACUUUUUAAAUGUAAUAAAAAGCCGCUGUUAUUUUUUGGUUAAAAUAAUUUAUUGAUAUCGGAAUAGGGUUUAAAAAAAAUCCAACAUUUUCUUGAUGUGAUUGAAAGAGUAUAAGAAUAUAAAAGACUUAACGUAGUAAUUAAUAUGCUUUGCGUCUUUUUAUCUUGUUUAAAGAGUUAUUAUAUAUGUAAGUUUUUCUUUUAGGGGAGCUACAGAUUUCCAUCCUUAAUAUGUAACCCAACCGUUUCAAUAUGACUGAUUGUCUGCUUUAAAAUUAAUUUUAGUAUUUCGCUCGCUGACUUUUUCAUUUUCUCCUUACUUUUGUUUUAUGAAUUUCGGCAGAAUGGCACUAAAUCUUAAAUUGUUCCAAAACGUAAAUAUAUGUAUAUAUAUGUAUACUGUAUUUUGCUCAUACAAUAUGAGUGAAGAUUAUAUGGCGAGUCAAUCAGUAUUCAACUCCGUUGCUUUCGAAACGGCUUCUAAUUGUUCGCAAUCUCUGCCUUUUUGCCCGUGUAUAUGUAUGUUUUGUUUUCUCUCUUUUACAACAAUAACUAUUUGCUAGAUCGGUAGUAAGUACAAUGUUUAUGUAUAUUGGGGGGUGUAUAGCCCCAGUAUUUUGUUUGUCUUUUAUCAGUUGUUUUUUUUUGUUUUGUUUUGUUUUGUUUCUGCUAAUACUCAUACAAA